UUUGCAGCCUGCAACUCCUUGCUUCUGUAUGCACAGACGCUUCCACAGGGCUUGCAGCCGGUACCAGCUCUGGCCCUGACCAACACUAAUUUUUUUAUUGAUGUUAUUGAGCUAUAUUUUUUUCUCUUCUCCCCUCACUUCCUCUCUCCUCUCCUUCAACCCUCUCCCAUGGUCCCCAUGCUCCCAAUUUACUCAGGAGAUCUUGUCUUUUUCUACUUCCCAUGUAGUUUAGAUCCAUGUAUGUCUCUUUGUUGUCUAGGUUCUCUGGGAUUCUGAUCACCAUUCUUACUGCCCCCUCUGAAGAUUUGUGCUCUGUCUCAAGGUUGAUGCUGGGACCCCAGUCUAGUGUUUUCCUAGUUCUAGUCAGGAGUCCCGUGGAACUGAUGGAGGUGGACAGUCUGCCUCGCAUCUUCUCUAGCGCUGACCCUGGGGCAAGCCACUGUUCCCUCCCCACUAAAGCCAGAGCUGCUGACAUGUCCAUCCUGGGCCUUGGCCAGGACUGGCUUUUGUUUCUACCCCUGGCUUGCUGAGUUUGUGUUUGUCCCUCGGGGCCCCUGCCCCUUUCCUGCCUAUAAGAACCUGACCUUGCUUGGUCCUGCUUCUGACAUUUGCUCUGGGCCCUUCUUGGACCGGGCCAACAUGACCCUGCAGUGCACCAAGUCAGCCGGACACUGGCGGAUGGUGGUGUGGGACGAAGAGGGCUUCCAGGGCCGUCGGCAUGAAUUCACAGCUGAGUGUCCCAGUGUGUUGGAGCUUGGCUUUGAGACCGUGCGAUCUUUGAAAGUCCUAAGUGGAGCGUGGGUGGGCUUUGAGCAUGCUGGCUUUCAAGGGCAGCAGUACGUGCUGGAGAGGGGCGAGUACCCGGCCUGGGAUGCCUGGAGUGGCAACACAGCCUACCCUGCUGAGAGGCUUACCUCCUUCCGGCCUGUGGCCUGUGCUAACCACCGUGACUCAAGACUGACCAUCUUUGAGCAGGAGAACUUUCUCGGCAGGAAAGGUGAACUGAGCGACGACUACCCCUCUCUGCAGGCCAUGGGCUGGGACGGCACUGAAGUGGGCUCCUUCCAUGUUCAGUCUGGGGCGUGGGUUUGUUCCCAGUUUCCCGGCUACCGAGGUUUUCAGUAUGUACUGGAGAGUGAUCACCACUCGGGUGACUACAAGCACUUCAGGGAGUGGGGCUCCCACGCCCACACCUUCCAGGUGCAGAGUGUGCGCAGGAUCCAGCAGUGAGCACCACGCACAGGCGCGCUGGGGGGCCUUUGUGAAUGACUGACAGGCUGGAGGUGUGGUUGCUCUUGGUUCUGGCUACUCCCAUGCCUCCUGAGAACCUUGCGUCCCUGUUGGCCAGCCCAUGCCCCAGCAGUUCGUGAAGCUCAAAGAAAUAAAAUGAAAAACAAAAGGCUCAGUA